GGCACGCCAACGCACAGCGCAACAAACAGCCCGGCUGCUUCUCUCCCGUCUGAUGGCUAACGCCUUUAGAUUAAUAGUGUGAAAGGGGAGGGCAACGAGGCUUUUCCCCUUCUUGUAUUUUUUUGUAGAACAGCAGAGAAAAAGAUUGAACCUGCGUUUAACUUUUUUUUUUGUGUGUGUGUGUUUUUCAUUUUUUGAUGGAUUGCAUGGCUUAACAUCUACUGUGAUGCAACGAGAAGAUCUUGUGCACCUGGAAAUGCAGUUUUAUUAUGUGGGUGAGCACACCUGGACCACCAUGCUGGGGCAGAGUGUCAGGCUGCAGCCCGUGCCGAUCCAGAGCCUGUCGGAGCUGGAGCGAGCCCGUCUGCAGGAGGUGGCAUUUUACCACUUGGAGGAGCGGGACCUCAGCGUCAACAUCAGCAUUCCACGAGAGACUCGAAAGAGAAGGAAGUCCUUGAGGAGGAAGUUUGACUCCUUCUCGAAAGAGAAAAAGGAACGAGAGACGGCUCCCAAGGCAUUCGGCAUCGCCCUGUCUCAAGUCAUCGCCAACGACCGAGCACGCAAGCAGCGGCAGGACGCCCUGAAGGAGAGCCGGCGGGACUGUCUGGACCUGGAGGCCAGCGUCCUGCACUUCCGGGCCGAGAAACGGCAGCACCACAACGGCAACAACCCGCCCUGCGGCACCACGGCCACAGCCACCCUGGAGCUCCACAACAAGGCGCUGUCUCCCGCCUUCCAGGACAACACCUCCAGAGCCCACCGCAGGGGGGGCCUGUCUGUGGACUCCAUCUCUGACCUGGUGGAGAGUCAGUCCCGGCUCCUGGAGGCUUUGCAGCUCUCCCACCCAAAUGAGCUGGACAUCAAGAAGGCGACGGGCCGCACCCAGACCAAGCUCAGCCUCAACCCCAUCUACCGACAGGUGCCCCGCGUGGUGGAGCGCUGCUGCUCCCACAUCGAGGCCUACGGGCUGCAAACUGUGGGGAUCUUUCGUGUUGGAAGCUCAAAGAAGAGGGUCCGGCAGCUGAGGGAAGAGUUUGACCAGGGGAAUGAUGUCUUUCUGGAUGAUGAGCAAAGUGUUCAUGAUGUUGCAGCCCUGUUGAAAGAGUUCCUGAGGGAUAUGCCAGAUCCCCUGCUGCCCCGGGAGCUGUACUCCGCAUUCCUGCACGCCAAUAGCGUGAGGGGAGAGGAUCAGCUCACAUACCUACAGCAGCUGAUCUACCUGCUGCCACCAUGCAACUGUGACACUCUUCUCCGGCUACUGACACUCCUGCACACCGUGCAGAGUCAAGCGCAAGACAGCCUAGGCCCGGACAACCAAGAGAUCCCAGGAAACAAAAUGACCGCAGCAAACUUGGCGGUGAUAUUCGGACCCAACCUGCUGCAGCGGGAACACAGCACGGAGAAAGAGCCGAGCUUACAGGCCCAGGGAAUCGAGGACAGCGCUUCUGUCAUAUCUGUCACACUGCUGCUGCUCCAGACCUACGAACGCCUGUUUAUGGUUUCUGCAGAGCUUCAGCAGGAGGUGCUAAUGAGCCUCAUCCAGACGGACCCAGACAUUAUUGAUUACCUCCUGCGAAGGAAACUCAGCAGUCACCUGACCUCUGAGGCGGACGCAGAAGGCAGGCGAGACAACACGGCCUCGGUGGACUCGGUGGUCCAUUCCAGUGAGGACCUUUCGGCCCCGUCUCCGCGGUUCCCCGAGGGCCAGGAGGAGGACAGCCUGUGCAGCGAGGUGCUCAUCAACGUGCUGCGGCUCAACCAGAACAGGAAGCGGUCCUCUGAGAACGGGCCAGGGAAGUCCGUCGGCCACAUCCGCCACUUCCACUCCCACCACAACCUGCUGAGCCUGGCCCAGCCCUCGCCCCAGACCCUGUCUGAGGACAGGCAGGCCUGCGAGGGGGGAGGCAAGGUUUGCAGCCCGGAACAGGGCCCCGCUGCAGCACAGAUGCGGUCCCCUGGGGACAGCAUAUGGGUGCGGCAAAGCAGCACUCAGCCCACAAACUUCUGGGACUUCUUCACCGGAACCGUUACCGGAUCAGAAACUAUCGUAUGACUUAACGAUCCUGCGUGAGAGACACUUUGGACUAUCCAUCCGCCAAAUUCAAAGACACACACACAAAAGCACAGAGCCAUAAACAGGUACAAACAUACAGUACAUGCGAACACGCAUACACAAAGAUACAGAAAUAUAAAAUACCAUUGGAAUUGGGGUCACAAUGGCACUUUUAAUCAUAGACCCAGACUGGUUCCCCUCGCUUGCCAUGUUGUGUCUCAUACAGUGCUAGCUGAUAUCUAAAUGCUCAUGCGAAAGACUUGUCGAUCAUGUUGUGAUUGAGUGUAAUUAAGUGUUUAAGUGUUAUGAGGGACAUGAAACUGACAAGAAGCUGUAAAUAGCACAUAGGCUUACCCAGUUUAUUUGGGUUUUUGUUUAGCAUAGAGGACAAACAAUACGACAGAUACUGCCCUUAUACAUUUCAAACUAAGCAGCCGGAAAUUCCUUCCACUGUCAGAAGACACAUCUUCUGAAAUUUUAAGUUCAAAAGCGACACUCAAGAGACUGGUUGAAUAAUCACAGAGUGGUAGUAUAAAUAAAUAAAAUGCUUUUAACAAAA